UUACUGUACUCCUCCGCUUCACGACAUUUCACGACCCGUUGUUACAUGAACGAUUCCUAAACGAUCCCUUGCCGCCACCAUGCCUGGCUGCAACCCUCUUCUGGUCCUCUCCCUGCUUGGCCUCGUGCUCGAUCUUGUCUCGGCCUACUCGCCUCUCCCGAGGUGGGGACAGGCCGCGGCGCUGGUGAACGAUGUGCUGUUCAUACACGGCGGCAAGACGGACGAGUACAACGCAUACGGAUACCACUCCGCGCAGAACAACAACGACCUACUGUUCCUGUCAUUAUCGUCCCCGUUCGACCCGAGCGAUCCGCCGUGGGACUACGUCGGCGGAUCCUCCAACUCGUGCACCACCCAGGGCCCCGCCGUCGCCUUCCACUCCCUCUCCGCCUUCCUCACCACCGAGCUCCUCCUCUUCGGCGGCGACCCCGGGCCCAACUCCCAGUCCCUGCCUGAGUCGUCCGACAGCGCCGCGCUCGCCGAAAUCAUGAACCGACUCCAGCCGUCGUUCAUGUGCGAAGACGCGUCGUGGGCCGGAGAGCCGCUCCGGCGAAUAUACCAUCGCACGGCUACCGUCGACGGCGUGGUGUACAUCUUUGGUGGAUUAAAAGUGGACGGCGCGAGCGCUCUGAGCGAUGACUGGCUCUACGAUCCCUCCGGACCCGACUUCCAUCAGCUGCCUACGGACAACUCCCCUGGCACCAUAUACGGCCACGCAUCCGUCGUUCUCGAGGACGGCAGGAUACUUAUCUUCGGAGGCUACAGCGGCUCUUCCCUCUUUCCCCUGUCUGACAUCUGGGUCCUCGAUACCACCCAGUCGACGCUGUCCUGGUCAACGUUGUCCGUCGACACGUCCGUGCUGCCCAACCCGAGGCGUAACUUUGCGUACGCCUACAUCGGAAGCGGUAAGAUCCUCAUACAAGGCGGCGGUGACGGCACGCUGCAGAACCUCAUGAGCGACGGUUGGAUGCUCGAUGUCAGCAAGUCGCCGGCGGUUUGGACCCAGGUCGACGCGCUAUCCUCGGUCGGCCAACGCAUCGAUCAUUUCGCGGCGUACUACGGAUCGAGCGUCGUCUUCGGCUUCGGAUUUGGCACCUCCGGCCCCGCUCCCGCCGACCUGCAAGUCUACGACGUCGGCAGCGGCUCUAUGACUUCCUCCUGGCAACCGCCCGCAACGCCAAGCUACAUGACCACUCUCCCUUACUCGCAGACCAUCGUCACCGGCGGCACACCCACCGGCACUACCACCGGCCCUUACGGAUCCACGAUUACCGGCGUCACAAGAACGGGAUCCGGGUCCGGGACGGCGUCCGAGACCGCGACGAAGACGACGAGCAAGAAAGGAGGACAUCAUACGGCUACCCAGUCCGGCGAUCCAUCAGCCACCUCCGGAUCAGAUGGCGGCGACGGCGGAGGUGGUGACGAUUCUGGUACCUCAUCCGCCUCUCAUAAGCUCGCGCUCGGUCUCGGCCUCGCGUUUGGCGUGCUAGGUCUCCUCGCGGGUUUGGCCACCGUCGGCUUCUGCCUCCGACGCCGCCGUGUCCGCGCGCACCGGUUCCACCUUAUCGGCGGCGGCGGCGGCGCUCCACGCCUUGGCGGCAGCGAAGACGGCGACCUUGACGAAGAAUCACCGCAUGCGGACGGCGGCGCUGCUGCAGUACGCUCCCUUGCACGCGGAGGGCCACCGACCAACACCCUCGGGCGCGUCGCUGCGGCUCUCGGCCUAUCUUCGAUCCUCGGCGCCGGUAUCGGCGCAACACAGGCAAGGGAGCGACGAGAUAUGCUCGCGAACGAGGACGCACGCUCGUUCGACUACUAUCACGGCACGGACGGAUGGUACUACGACGAGUCGGGCGCGCGGGUGCGGCGUCAGGGCAGCUCGAGCACGACGUCCUCCGGCCGGCGAGUGCCCUCGCAGAGGCCGACAUUCGGCAACAUCAUGCAAGGCAGUUGGGCGUCGUUACGAUCUGUCGGCGCGAUGAUCGCCGGAGGGACGGCGGUGGCGACGAGCACGCGGAGGCAGGGAAGCGGGAGCUCGCGGUCGGUCGCGUGGCGGGAGAAAGAUCCGGGCAUGCUCUACGGCGGGUACGACCCGUUCGGCGACGAGGAGGCGCUCAUGGCGGCCAGUUCGCGGCGGGGGCAUGCGCCGAGCCUCAGCCUGAGCGAGAAGAUGCCGCUCCCGAUCGGCGCCGCUCGGCCACAGCGCCCGCGCGCGGGCAGGCAGGCGACGCAGAGCUCGACGUGGUCGUACAACGACCCGUUCGCUGACCCGGGCGAGCGCGACGACGAGGAGGAUCUAACAGAGUAUCUCGACGAGCCGUACGGCGCGCUCCCGAAAGAGGAGAAACCAGCGAUACGCGCGGUGAUGCCCGGCGGGAUGAUGCCCGGCGGCGUUUCGGUCGAUGUCCUCUCGCCCGUGUCGGAGCGGCCGUCCGUGGAUACCUCGUCCGGUAGCGGCGCGUUCGCCCGUUCUGCAGCGCUCUCCGAAGCACACGCAAGCCUAUCCGAUCCGUCGUCGUCGACGCUGGACUUUGCUCACCGCGCGUCCCGCGAGUCGCCGCUCCUAUCCGGCCUGUCGCACGAGAGCUCGCGUUCACCGCAGGUUAGGCCGACGUCUAUCCUUGACGCCAACCCAAGCCCGAACGCGCCCUCGGCGCGGAUGCGCCGGUCGGGCAGCUGGUGGAGCCGCUUCGCACCCGGGUCGAUCCUCGAGCGCCGCCGGUCGGGCUCUGCCGCGUCCGAGUCGGGCUCCUCGCGUCCCGCGCUCGAGUUCCGCGAUCCCAACCCGCCCCCGCGCCUCAUCCCCAUCAAGGAGUCCUCCGGUUCCCAGCAUUCGCCCCAAUCCUCCCACCACCGCAGCGACUCUGCCGCAUCCUCCACCAACGAACAGCAUCAGCCCCAUCACCACCACGGAUACGCGUACCCGCAGCACGGCAAGUCGGCGAGCUCGCUGCAGACGGCGCACACGGCCGACUCGGAGGCGAUCGAGCGUAUGGGCGGCACGAUGGACGUCGUCAAGCGCGACAGCUCAUCGCACGUGACGACCCCGAGCACGGCGAGCAGCGCCGAGUCGGCGCGCACGCCGUGGCGCCGCGACGCCCGCCCGACGCUCGCGCUCUCCGUCGUCGAGUCUGCCGACGGCAGCGGUAGCGGGACGGAGCGCGGCGCUCCGACGAUCGACUCCCCCGCCGAGAUGACCGCAGAUGAGCGCAGCCUAGGCGGCCACAGCGGCGAGUCCGAGGCGAGCUCGAGCUCGACUGCGUCAGGACAACGGCCGAACCCGCCGCGCCGCGCAUCGGCCGUCGCCGAACGUGUGCGUGCGUACGAGCGGCGGAUGUCGCUGGAGCAAGCACCGACGAGCCCGCCGCCGCCGGAAGAGCGCAGUACUCGGCAGCGCGAGGUGCGCUCGCCGAAACGAACCAGCAGGGGCGGCGGGCUCUACGGUCUCGCCCCGAAGGCUCCCCUCUACGUUGCGAACCCGUCUCCAAAUCACUCUUCCGAUAACUUGACGCGGUGAAGAUACGAUUCUGUGUAAUGUGGUCGCGCCCUUCACCUUAUUGGCCUUGCAUUGUUGGACUUGUUAUUUUGGUUCUGUUGUUCUACGACGCGACGUUCACGAUAUGACGGACUCGGGAUUUGACGACUGUAUGAUGAUGCUUUAAUGUACGACUUUGCUUUGUUUCCUGUAGUAGACGGUGCUAAAACUGUAUCCUUUGGUGUACUGCGUAUCGUUGUGACACCUUUGAUCUGAC